UAUGAGUCCGAAGUAAAGUGGAGUGUUGGCUACGAAGUGUACUGGUAUUGGAAGGUGCUCUCCAUCGUCGCAACCAUUGAACGACCGUCGACAAACGGAUUCACGCUGCCAUCUGCACGAGAGGACGAGGUGGGAGGUAGUACGGUGGUAGCCGAGGGUGUCGUAGGUGGCAUAAGGGGCCCAGGCGGCGGGUGCCGCGCAUCCUCGAUGACGAUGGCCGAGAGCGCCGUGGAGGACGCCGCAGCCGCGCCCCCGGGCCCGGCCAAGCCGCCACCGCCCUCCUGUACAAACAACAACACCCUCGCGGCGACGGCCAACCGCAAUCAUCGGAAUCCCCGCAAGAAACGGAGACGGCUGGAGCAAGUUGUGGACACGCUGCAGGCCCACCGAAGCUCACCGUCCGAAGGCGAGGUACUGAGAUUCGAAGGCAGCGGUCCCGUAUCCGAGGAAGAGGACGUGUUCGGCUCGCCCAGAUCAUCAUCCUCGCGGUCCGCCGUUGACACCACGCCGAUCGUCGGUCAGCUUCCGCUGAGGUUAAAAGACGCGGAAUCGGUGACCUCGUCGACCGAGGAGGAUCUCAACGAGAUCGGCCAGCAGCAUCACCAUCAUCCCCAUCGACCGUAUCGCUACUCGUAUCAUCACCAUCAUCACCACCGACAUCGCUACUCGCCGUACCAGAACAACCAUCGACUUUCGGCGCCGAAGUGUAUGUGCAGUCAGUGCUCGCAGUCGCUGGCUGCGUCGGCGGUGACGGCAGCAGCGAUGAUGCUGCCGUCGGCGACGUCGUUGCAGACGCCGCUCUCACGGACCAGCUUCUCGCCGUACAGUAGUCUGUGCAGCACGUACAGCAACGUGUUCGAGCAGAUCGAGUACAUACACAAGAAGUACCUGCCGCCGACGUCGAGCGACAUCCUGCGCGGACGCAGCCACUCCGACUCGGACGUCGUGCCCAGGUGGGACGAAGCGUGGACGAUACCUGCCUCGACCUCGUCCUCCUGCUCCUCCUCCAUCGUCAAUCAUCCGCCGCGAAGCGGCUCCCUCGAGAGCGACGGCACGAGUCCGCAGGAAUCGCCGCUCGAUCUCUCCAUGAAGAACCUGAUGCUGCAGUCCGCCGCAGCGGCCGCCGCAACGGCCUCCUCCCGGUCCAUGGCUUUGCAGCUCUUGCCGCCCGGCAUGGUGACGCGAGGCUCCGUCAGCGUGCCCGUGGUGCGAGGCGACGUCGCGUCGCCCACUACGAAGGAAAGCGUCGCGGUGCGAUACAACCUGGAAGUGAUGCCCGUCGUAGAGGAGAUGGCGCCGGGCACGGAUGUGGCUUACGUUUGUCCGGAGUGCGGGCAAAUGUUUAGUUUGCACGAUCGUCUGGCGAAGCACAUGGCGUCCAGGCACCGUCGGCAAGGCCUCAACGACGCCUCGGCGAAGGCGUACCUCUGCGACGUGUGUCAGAGGAGCUUCGCCAGGUCGGAUAUGCUAACCAGGCACAUGAGACUGCACACCGGCGUUAAACCGUACACGUGUCGAAUUUGCCGGCAAGUUUUCAGCCGAUCCGACCACCUCAGCACGCACCAGCGCACUCACACCGGCGAGAAGCCGUACAAAUGCCCGCAGUGCGCCUACGCGGCCUGCCGUCGAGACAUGAUCACCAGGCAUCUGAAAACUCACAAUCGGUGCGCAGAUGGACCCAUCCCGAAGAUCGAGCCCGGUCUACUCGCCGGCGAGGAGUGUCCUACCUUCGGCCAGAACGUGUCAUCGGCACCCGCGGCGGCACCGUCGGCGGUCAUCAAAGCCGAAUGACGACGGCCGGUCGGAUGACCCUGGCUGCACUCUGGCUCCAGAUCCCAGCGAGGACAUCGUGGCAGAAUUGAUCGAGGAUCUCCGGGAAGCUUGGCGGGCCGAUUAGGGCUCCGCGGAUACGCCUCGAUGGAACGGAGUCGUCGCUCAGCCAGUUUCGCGGCAUCGGUCGAACGUUAGAAAGGGAUCGAUAUUCGAAGAGAUCGCGAUCUGGUAGAACGGAUCGGUGGCAGGGAGGAUUUGUUUCGCUAUUGGAAUUUGAUCUCCCCGGGGAGUUCCGACGGACGCUAACAGAGUCUGUGAUCGAAGUUGAAAUUUUUGAAACGGCUCCUUCGGAAGAGAUUGCAGCUAGACGCGUUGAUUUUACGCUUCCGCCGUGUUUAAGCUUUUUUAUGCGGAAGAAUAGAUUGCGUAUUGAUAAAUUCGAAGGAUUUGUUGAUAUGGUUUAUGAAAAUUUCACGGUUGCUGAUUAUUUAUUAAAAGAUAUAUAUAAAUAUUCUUUUGACGUUUAGUCACAAAUAUAAUAUGCGCAUAACAUUGGCAAUCCAAAGGUGACUUCACCGAAGUAAAGUAACGAAUUAUCGCAAUCUUGUCGUGUUUCCAGACUAAAAUCUUCUCUCAUGUGCCCUUCUCAACGAAAGAAUUAAAUUCGCGGACCGGAAACAUCAUGGAGAGCUGAUGAAUUGAAGCUUUGCUUCCGUGAGUAUUAUAUUGUAUUAUUUAUCGAGAAAUAAAUAACUUUUCGCCUGACAGUCCGCCGCGGAUUGCCUAGAUAUCAUCAUCCCUUCAUGCCUCGAUCGCGCGUGUCAAUGCGAACAAUGCCGAACAGUAUUAUCGCACCUCUUUGACCCCCGCUUCCGUCUAAUUUUUCUCCCGCGAAGUCGCGUUCCAACAUUCGUAAACGCUUCAUCGCGGCACUGAUCGCGAUUACAAUUUCGGCCGGAGAACAGUCCGACAACAAUGCGAUUCAAAUACGCGUUCUGUAUUGACGAGAGAAUCAUUUGCAUUCGUUGAAGAGUUUAUUUCAAAUAAAUUAUUCACUUAUCAACAAGCUUAUUCUUAUAGCAAUUUAUUUUAAUAAAAUAUUGAUGUUAACUCGUUUAGAAAGUUUCUUGAAAUUGCAUUUUAUUUUUUAAGAUCGUAAACUCACUCCGCUAUAUCGAUAGUUGUCUCGGAUGUUCUUUGAUUAUUAUUGUUAUGAGAAAGAUGUGUCACCUAGCCGGUUGCUCUCUUUGUACAUCUUUCGCUCUCUCGUUCUCGAUGCGUAAAAUUAAGGCACACAAGCUAAAAGUGAAGCAUUCCUGCUCGACCGCGCAAAUACAGCGCGGCGCACGAAGAUAUAUGGGAAGCGGUGCUUAAAGGCUCGGCGUCGAAGUCGAAUCGUGUUUUUACCGUGUUCGUAAGACGACCACGUAUCCAAUAAUAUCGUAUGUACAUAUUUGAUCAUAUCGCGCGUUGUUUCUUCGCGAAAGAGAAUCUUCCUAAUAUUUAACGUUAACUGUAAAAAAAAAUAAAACUGAAACGCAGCCCAUUAGCGACGCGAAUACACGUGCCAAAUUCUUCAGACAAACAUUUCGGACACGCGAUAAGUACACGUGUCAAUCUCAGCAAACUGCACAUUGAGGUCUAAUAAAAUUCGUAAUUUUGAUAUAUUUUUAUUUCCAUUUUUUCUAUUUUUUAUAUAAAUUCUUCAGCUAAAAAUGCAUCGGGAUGCAAAGUAUUGCUUGCGAAUUACUCAAUAUAGCUAAGAAAUGGCACCGAUUCAAUCGUGUCAUAGCGAAAGAUAUAGAGAACAUCUAUAUUAGGCUCCGGUGUGCAGUUCUUAAGUUAUACUGUUUAGAACAUAUCCGUCGGUCGAGCUCGAUUUGCGAAACGGAGAAAAAUUAUUGGUGACAAGAUAGUGAGAGUAAUCUCACAAAUAAUCUCAAUGUAGGGGAUAUCGAUUAUUUAAGACUAGACGAGACGAGAAUCACUUCUUUCGUCGAGCUUAUUUAUCACCAAUAUUUUUCUGAACGUGUUCCAUAUCUGUAAAUAGCGAGUCGCCAUUUGUAUCCUCGUCGGUUCGCCCGAAACCUGCUCAAAUUGUUGUUAUUUGAGAAAUUGUUAAGACAAUUUUCUAGGUAAGUCGAAGGAACUUGCAAAGCAGUGAUGUAUUAAUAGUUAUAUAAAUGUACCGCGGUCGCGUCCUCUCGCGAUGGACAUUUUGUUAGUGCGGCUAUCGAAAAAUUGAACGACUGCGAGAUAGUGUGAAAAAGAAAGAAGCGUAUCCGUACCUGCAGAGAUAGAAAAAAAAAACUCAACGUUAUAAAGCAUAAUAAAUCGUAUAGAGGUAACGUUAAUUAGUGAGUAAUAUUAUUGACACUAUUAUUACGUUCUAAUAUUGUAAAGAUUGUGGUUAUUCGCGCCGCCGCACGCCGGUAGGGAAAUAAAAUAUUUUUUUAUACGUACACUCGAAGUUAUGACUUUGCUUCGAAAGGUGUCGAAUGUAUGUGAAGCUCAGUUUGGAAGUUGUUCGUACCUCGAAAUGCUAAUGAAGCGGCAUCGGUUGAUUAUCGAGGAUCGAACGCUCAAAUUGACGCGAUCGAUACGGUCUCUUCGAGUUUUUUUAGCGUUUUCCUAUGGAAACUAAGUGUAUGCGAACAGCGACCGUUGCGGCGUGAUUAAUCGGAACGGGUUGUGGUGCUUAAGCGUAAAAGGGCGAAUCCGACAGAUAUCUUUGCGCUGUGAAUCGACAAAGACAAUCUUAAAAUAUAUACUCGAGCCAUGAUCUCCGCGCAGAUAAAAUCGCCGGGCCGAGUGAAUGGCGAAUUGAACACGUUAAUGUCGCUCUAACAGGGUCACCGAGUACGCGAAAUGUAUCUACAUUACGGUGCACAUUUUACUAAUGUUUCCACCGCAAUUUUUAUCGCAGAAGUAAAGUUAGGAUACAAAUAAAAUAAGUAAAAACGUAUAAAGACUAAAAAAAGAAAAAUGAUAAAAGUCGAGAAUUAGUGAAUAAGGAAAAAUUUAAGAGGAGCACGUUAAUGAUACGAAAUUUUAUUUUGCCGUAUAUUAAUAUAUUAGCACAAAUGUAUGAUGGAGGAAUCAUUGUUUCUCCAUCAUACAUUAAUACUGUCGAUCGAACGAAAUAUCCAUUAGGUAUACCAUUCGCUCGGCUUUGCGAAAAAAUUCGUCCUUCGUUUCGGAAACGUCAAUUCCAUGUAGCUUUACGAUAGUUGUAUGGUGACUCGCUGAGCAGCACGCGCCGACAUAAUACUCGAGCUUACUUCGCCUCGACCGUUUCGUCCUUAAUCCUUACAUUAUACAUGUAUGUAUGUAUACUCAUGUACUUCUCCCGAUGUGUCUCCUAUUCCUCUCGUCGCAAAAAAGGAAAAAGUAUCAGUGCCGAUAAUCUCGUGGCACGCGCAACGCGGCGCAUAGGUACGUAUAUCUGUAUUUUUGUAUAUCGAGGUUUUUUCUAAUUACCUUACAUAUCGAUUAAGCGUUUCUAGAGGAAUGGGACGAGUAAGUAGCUAUUAAGGAGAAAGUAUUGUCGCUCUCUGCUUGCCAUUUUACUUGCCCCCUCGAUCGAACGAUUGCUUGGAAGGUGUUUGUCGUACAGUGCGACGCACGAGGGAGGACGUCGAAUCGGGGGACAUUCGUUCUGCCCUUUAAUUGAUAAUACUCGAACGAUCUUUAUCCUUUGCUAAUUGCUGAUGCUUUCCUGAAGAAGCAGUGUCAUAAAGCGAUCGAUUGUAACUGGCGCAAACGGCGCACAAUUAAUAUUUGACAUCUUUAAUCAUUAUUAUUGCAUUAAACUGUUACGUGUUUUAAGCUGAUAAAUUAUAAUG